UGUUAGUCUACAUAGCUGGCCAAUGCUAAAUAUGUAGCUAAUAAGUUGCUUAAUGUAUUUCUUUUGCUUAGAUUUAGAUUAGAAAUGUUAUUUCCCAGCACCAAUCAUCACAACGCCAAUAAGUAUUUUAAAAUAUAUUUCACCGCAAAUACUCACAGGCUUAAUUAUUCACUGACAAAAGCCAUGCAUGACAGUAUUGGUAUUCUACUUUGGUUCAUCGCAAUAAUUGCAAAGGCAUUGAGCUAACGUUAACCAAUAAAAUUAAUUUGAAAAGAAGCCCGUAUUUAGUAGCUAGCUAAAGUUAACCAUGUCACAGCCAGUUUGUGUUCGUAUGGGCAGGUACUUGAUGGCGACACCCUUUCUUGAAAACUCAACCGUUUAGUUUUCCCUUUAGCUAGCUAAUAAUUAUCGAGGAACUGUGUUCUGAAACGCCACUUGUUUGUGUGUCAUGCCAGCAAACGUUAGCUAUCAUUGAUGUGUCGGAAAAGCUAGUUGGAAUGGUUAGAACAAAGAUACAGUCGAUCUGUCUUAUACCGAGAGAACGUCAGGAAAAUGAUGAAGGAUACAUUUUAAAGAUUGAUUUCCAGUUAAACAUGCGAAUUAAUUAAAGUUUGCUUGCUAGCCACGCUGGUAUGUACGACUUCCGGUUUCCUAGUCGGAUCUAUUUUGAGUGACAACGAAUGUAAUUUUGGCUACGCCUACCGCUUUUGCGGCGCUCGAGCAUCGUUAACACUAAGUUACGAACAAAGUUAGUUCUAAUUCAGGUGUCAGUGGCGCUAGUUUAUUUAAAUAGCCAUUCAGCUUGAUUUAUAUCGACGUUUAGCUGCAGUUGAAGAGCGCUCCACCGGACAAGAAACAAUUUUCAGCGCCGAGCUGCAAUCCAAAUGGUUCCUCUUAAACGCAGGAAGACAAACUCGAGGUCAGCGGGUAGCGAUGAUAUUGCGGUUUCCAAGUUCCCCAGUGUCAUCAUAUUCCUCCUGGAGCGAAAGAUGGGAGCGAGCCGUAAAACAUUCCUCACUGGACUUGGCAGGAGAAAAGGAUUUCGCGUUGAGGAAUGUUACAGUCAGCUUGUUACUCACGUCGUGUCGGAAAACAACUCCGGGGAGGAGGUGCGGGAUUGGCUGGAGGCUCAGACACCAGGAGGAGGAAGGACGGGAGACUCCGCCCACCUGCUGGACAUCAACUGGUUCACGGAAAGCAUGGCAGCCGGCCACCCGGUGGACAUCCUGGACAGACAUCGGCUGCGGGUAAGGACGGAGCCCAGCCAUGGUGCCAUGGUGCCCACACUGAAAGGAUAUGCGUGUCAGAGGAGAACGCCAUUACAGCACCAUAACGCACUGCUCACAGAUGCUCUCCUGGUCCUGGCAGAGAACGCAGAGUUCUGUGAGGAUGAGGGGCGGAGUGUGGCCUUCCGGAGGGCGGGGGCUGUGCUGAAGGCCCUCCCCCAGGCCGUGCAUAAGAUGGAGGACCUCCAGGGCGUACCUUGUCUUGGGGGGCAUUCCCAGAGAGUCAUUAAGGAGAUCCUGGAAGAUGGCACAUCGAGGGAGGUGGAGAUGGUGCUGCAGUCCGAGCAGUACCAGGCGAUGAAGGCACUGACUAAUAUUUUUGGUGUGGGGGUAAAGACUGCGGACCGCUGGUUUCGGGAGGGUCUGCGGCUCCCCUCUGAUGCGCUGAACUCCGGGCACAAGCUUAACCAUGCCCAGCAAGCAGGCCUACAGUAUUAUGAUGACCUCAACACGCCCGUCACCAAGGCAGAGGCAGACUCCAUUGGUCAGAUUGUGGAAGAGGCGGUUCAGGCGGUGUUGCCGGGGGCAGAAAUAACUCUGACAGGGGGUUUCAGGAGGGGCAAGCCCACCGGACACGACGUGGACUUCCUCAUCACUCACCCAGAGGAGGGCAAGGAGGAGGGCUUGAUGCCAAAAGUGGUCAGCUGGCUGGAGGCUCGGGGUUUACUGCUGUACCAGAAAACCAACAUAAACUCCUACCUGGAGGCCACGGACGGGCCCGCCCGACCCCCUCACAACAUGGACCGCUUUGAGAGGUGCUUCUCCAUCUUCAGACUGGAGCGGCCCCAGGCUAGCCCCGAGCAGCACCCCCAGGCCGUCGGCGAGGAGCAGCCCCAGGAACGCGGCUCUCCUCUGGGCCGGCGAGCAAGCGAGUCCCCGGGCUGGAAGGCCGUGAGGGUGGACCUGGUGGUCUCGCCCGUCAGUCAGUUCGCCUUCGCUCUGCUGGGCUGGACCGGGUCGCAGCUCUUUGAGAGGGACCUCAGACGUUGGGCGGGACAGGAGAAGCGCAUGUCUCUCAGUAGCCACGCUCUGUAUGACAGCACACAGAACCGAUACCUGCGGCCCUGCUCAGAGGAGGAGAUCUUCGCUCUCGUGGGCCUGGAGUUCAUCCCUCCAUCUGAGAGGAAUGCCUGACCCAGCCACACACACUGGAGGAAGAACUUUCAUUCACUUUAACUUGGGUUUAUGUUUACACUCUAUAUAUUUAUGUGUGUGUGUGUGUGUGUGUGUGUGUGUGUACACAGAACCUGGCUUUGCACUGGAGAUUAAGAGUAACUUUAUUAUUGUUUUUAUCUGCAGGGGAUAUUGGAAGUCAUUUAAUGGACCAUGAAAUUAAUUACUGACUUGAAUAGUUUUUAAUAUUAAAUCUAGGGGAAACAGUGAAUGCAAAAACAGUGUGUCAGUACUUUACAUUUAGCUCAUGCGCCCACUCCUAGUCUAACGUGCCGAAAGCAUGUUAGGUCCGUGCAAUCCUUCCUGUACUCAAUUUUAACAGUGCCUUUUUAGAAAUUCUAAUUACUGUAAAGGAAUGACUUGUCACAGUAAAAUGUAAAAAUAAAUAUGUAUUUUUCA